CCUCCCUCCAUUUUUCUUCACGUCUGGUUUUCCUCCCUCUCUCUCUCCUCUUUGUUUCUCUCGCUCUCUCUCACUUCUGUGAUUUGGGUUUCAGAUGGGAAAUGCGAACGUCAAAGAAGAAAACGCCGUCUCUAGCGUCGAUGCAGAUGCCACCUCAUCUUCGACGAGAUCCAACGGCGGUGAUCCUUCCUCCCGAAGUCGUCCUCGUCGUCCUUCCUCAGACUCUAUGAACAGUUCUCCUCCCGGAAGUCCCGCUCGAUCUCCAUCUCCUUUCUUAUUCUCUCCUCAGGUUCCCGUGGCUCCAUUGCAGAGGGCAAACGCUCCUCCUUCGCCUAAUAAAAUCCAAUGGAACCAGUCUCCAAGAGUUUUUGAUAAUCCAGGAGAGCAAGGAAUCCCUACCAUCAUUACAUGGAACCAGGGAGGUAAUGAUGUGGCAGUGGAAGGAUCAUGGGACAACUGGAGAUCAAGGAAAAAGCUGCAGAAAUCUGGAAAAGACCACUCAAUUCUCUUUGUCCUUCCAUCUGGGAUAUACCACUACAAGGUGAUAGUCGAUGGUGAAUGCAAACACAUCCCAGAUUUACCCUUUGUAUCAGACGAAAUGGGCAAUGUCUGUAACAUUCUCGAUGUUCAUAACUUUGUGCCAGAAAACCCAGAAAGCAUAGUGGAGUUUGAGGCACCACCGUCACCUGAUCAUAGCUACGGUCAAGCCCUCCCAACUGCAGAAGAUUACACAAAAGAGCCACUCGCGGUGCCACCUCAGCUUCACCUAACACUUCUUGGCACAACUGAAGAAACAGCCAUAGCCUCAAAGCCUCAGCAUGUGGUGCUUAACCAUGUGUUCAUAGAGCAAGGAUGGACUCCUCAAUCCAUUGUAGCUUUGGGAUUAACCCACAGGUUCGAGUCUAAGUACAUAACUGUUGUCCUCUACAAGCCGCUCACACGGUAAACCUAAAACCUAAAUCCAAUCCCACAACUUAUUUUUUCUUCACCUCUCAAAUGUGUGAAAACUCUCUUUUGUUCAUAGUGAGUGCCCAACAUUUCCGAGUUUAUUAACCUCUUUCUUCCCUGGUUUGGUGCUUUAUGUACAAAGCUUCUCAAUGUAACAAAGAAAAAAAAUGAGAUUUUCA